UGAGGGCCACCCUGGAGAUUGACCCCCAGGGAGCCCAGGAGAGGCAGCAGCAGCAGGGUGUCGUCCCCUUCCUGGGCACGUUCCUCUAUCACCUGAAGCUGCUGGACAUUGGGAUGGCGGAUGAUCUGGAAGGAAAUCGGGUCAACUUCCAGAAAUGGUGUGACAAAUUCAAAGUCAUCCGGAGGAUCCAGCUGCUCCAGCAGGCUGCAAAUGCAUAUGACCUGGAGCCCGACGAGCGAUUUGGGGCCUGGUUCCAGGCCAUGGAGCCCAUCAGUGUCCAUGAGAGCCACCACGCCCUUGGCGAUGAGCCGUCACACUCUGGAGACCACAAGGGCAGCUCCUCCUGACCAGCAGGGACACUGGCGCCCUCGUGGUGCACCGGGCCAGCUCUUCCCACCCUGAGUGAACGAUGACAUCCUAAGACUUUCCCUGGUUUCCCCUAAAGCCCCAGAGGGAGGGCACCACCCCUUCCAACUCCCUGACAUCUCCACCCCUGCGACCGUUAACCCAUUGGGGAGGAGUGAUAUUAUUUCUUUAAUAGUAAAUGGUAGAUUUGACUCUUACGUUAUA